UUGGUCGUUUCCUGAGUGCGUGACGCUACGCUUCGAACCAAACUUCACUAUCUUGGCAUUGAUGGAAGAGGGAGGGGAAAUUUAAUGGCCGUCAAUACCACUUAAAAAUACAAAAAGUCGGGAUAAUCUCGAGUAUUCACAUUGUUUGGCUCACCAAUAACGUCCACCGUUCCUAACCACGGUUGAGAGGACAUGCACGGACGUGGAGCGGGCUUGUGGUCUAGUUUGAUAGGGCAGUGAACGGACUUUAGCCGUCUGGUUAGUCGGACUGGGGAUAAGGCCUAGCCGGCUGGAUGCUAAAAAACAACUAGUCCAUCACAGGAGUACAGUGAGAAUAUGUAACAUAGAGAAAGCAACAUGACAUCACGAUUUGGUAAAACAUACAACCGUAAGGGGGGUGAAGCCAACUCUAAAUUUGAAGAGGUCUUCUCUAAUAAAAAACCCACUCUUACCACUAAAUGGGGGGAGACAACUUACAAGGCACAAUUGGGGACAAAGAGGUCAUCUUUAAAGUCUGAUGUUGCUGAGCUCCCCAAGCGGCCCAGGCUUGAGGUCGACAGCGACAAUGAUGAAGACCCCUUUGGAUUUGACAGCGAUGAUGAGUCAAAGACUGUCACCUCUCAGACAGCUACACAGUCUAAAUCAGAGGAUGGACAUGCAACAUCAAAACCUCCAUCUGGUCAGGCGACUGGCACAAAGGCUGCUGUGGCCUCCUCUGUCACUUCUGCUGCCAAGCAGACUUCUGAAGAGAAAUUGGUGAAAAACAGCCAGUCGUCUUGGACCAGAACCACAGCAUCCAAUAGCAUCCAGAAGCCUGCAGCCGCAUCCUCCUCGUUAACGUCGAGAGACCGCAAUCCAACAGGGACCUCCUCACUAAGCAUGGAUGCCACUCUGUGCAGCAAAGGCUCUUCUCAAAUGCUACCUGGAGGAAGCCGGAACUCCCAGUUCACCUCCAACUCGUCUUUCAAGGAUGGGAUGUCCUCAGAAGGCAUGAGUCAGGAAGAGAGGGCGCUGGCCUCGGAGCCUCCAGCAGAGCCCGUGGAAAACGUUGAGCCGUCGCCGUUCACCCUCAGGACGGCAAACUCUAGGAAGUACCAGCGGCCUGGUCGAGACUCUGCCUCCUCAGAUAGUGCAGACGUCGGCGUGGCCCCUGAAACCCCCUGCGCCGAUGCCAAGCCCAACACCACAGUGGGCACCGGUGUCGCUAAAACUGCCGCCAAUGCUAACACCGCGGCCGCUAAGGCGCCGGCGGCCGGCCGAGGUAGAGGCCGGGUAAGGGACUACACGGUGCUGCACCCUUCCUGUCUGUCGGUGUGCAACGUCACUAUCCAGGACACCAUUGAGCGCAGCAUAGACGAGCUGGUGGCCCCGGUGGCACCCGCCGACCUGGGAGAGGCGGGCCUGAUGAAGAAGAAGUCUGACGUUCAGCUAGUGAAGAACACCAGAUUUGUGUGCCCCAGGUUCCGACCUGUCAAGACGAAGAAGGACACCAAGCUGGAGUUCUUCGGCUUCGAGGACAAGGAGGACCACGGCGGCUCGGAGGGCUCGGAGGGGGGCGUGUCCGGCGGCAGCAGCAGCUACAAGAUCAAGUACUUUGGCUUCGACGAACUCAGCGAGAGCGACAGCGACGAGGAGGGCUCCCAGGUCAAGGAGAGGAAGAAAGCCAAGAAGGCUGCUGCGGCGGCGGCGGCGCUGGCUGCCCUUAGCGUCAGCGUGGACAGCCCCCACACCAGCGACUCUCAGGACAGCCAGACCAGCAGCAACACAGAUGGUCUUGACUUCACGGAGGACUCCAUCCCCGCAGCCCCUGACGGAGCGAAGGUGCGCUCAGGGAAGCCGGGUGACAAGUCAAAGGAGCUCACCACUGGGUUCAAGAAGAUCUUCAGUGGCCCAAAGAAGUCUCCUGCUAAAGCCUCUUACAACGCGCGCCACUGGAACCAGCCCGAGCCCGAGGAGAUUCCUCCACCACUGGCCCGCGCGCACACCGCUCCCCCCACCUUGUCGAGCGGCAGCAAGGAGGGCACCGCCCACAAAGAUGACGGGCUGUUCAAGGCCCCCCCGCCGCCGCCCAAGGUGAUCAAGUCAGAGACCCUCCCCACCAGGCUCCACCAGGACAUCGUGACCGCGCUCAAAUGCAGGAAGGAGCACAAGGAGCUGUACACCGUGGUGCAGCACGUGAAGCACUUCAACGACGUGGUGGAGUUUGGAGAGAACCAGGAAUUCACAGACGACUUUGAGUACCUGGAGACGGGGUUGAAGAGCAGCCAGCCGCUCAACACCCGAUGCCUUAGUAUAAUCAGCCUAGCCACGCGCUGUGCACUGCCCGGUUUCAGGAUGCAUUUGCGGGCCAGAGGAAAAGUGGCGCACGUUUUCAAGAUGAUCAGCGACGCACCACAGCAUCCGAACCUUGCUCUGUGCACCGCGGCCCUGAUGUACAUCCUGAGCCGCGACCGGCUGAACAUGGACCUGGACCGGGCCUGCCUGGAGCUGAUGAUCAAGCUGCUGGAGAUGGACCAGCUGAUCCCCCUCCAGCCGGCCCCCCAGGACCCCCAGGACCAGCCGGACCAGCUCAGCCCCAAGGAGGUGGCCAAGGUCAAGGAGAAGAUCCGCAAGCUCUGCGAGACGGUGCACAACAAACACCUGGACUUGGAGAACAUCACGACGGGCCACCUGGCAAUGGAGACUCUUCUCUCUCUGACCUCCAAGCGGGCCGGGGAUUGGUUCAAGGAAGAGCUGCGUCUCCUCGGGGGUCUGGACCACAUCGUGGACAAAGUGAAAGAGUGUGUGGAGAACUUGAGCGAGGAGGACGACAAGGAGAACCUGGUGGCCUCCUUGUGGGGAGCGGAGCGGUGUCUGAGAGUGCUGGAGAGCGUGACGGUGCAGAACCCCGAGAACCAAGGCUACCUGAUCGCCUACAAGGACUCCCAGCUCAUUGUGUCGGCCGCCCGAGGCUUGCGCUGCUGCGAGGACAUGAUCCAGCGCUACAGCCGAGCUCUGAACAACAGUUCCCUGUGCCCCGGCUCGGAGCUGCCCCACUGUAGCUUCAGCAACGUGGGCAAGGCCGUGGAGGACUGCAUGCGGGCCGUCAUCGGCGUGCUGCUUAAUCUCACCCACGACAACGAGUGGGGGAGCACCAAGACGGGGGAGCAGGACGAGCUGAUCGUGACGGCCCUCAACUGCGUGCUACGGGCCCCCCGCUACAUCCCCCAGGAGCAGCGCUUUGACAUCCGCGUCUUGGGUCUGGGCCUGCUGAUUAACCUGGUUGAGUACAGCUCCAGGAACCGCCACAGUCUGGUGGAGAUGGAUUACGCUCUGUCAGAGGGCUGCCUGGACGACAGCAGCCUGGGGCCGCCCGCUGAGCCAGCACCAACCGGCCAGGGGGAGGAGCCUGCAGUGCCAUGCCAGGGGGAGGAGCCUGCAGUGCCAUGCCAGGGGGAGGAGCCUGCAUUGCUAGGGCAGGCGGAGGAGCCUGCAGCACCAGUGCAAGGGCAGGGGGAGGAGCCUGUAGGGAAGGGGGAGGAGCCUGCUGCCCCCGUACAAGGCGAACCUUCGGCCGACGAUGAGGACAAACCCCCGGCCACUGGGGCUCUGGCUGCCCUGGUGAAGCUCUUCCUGGAGCGCGAGCGGGCUGCCAUCCUGGCCGAGGCCAAGACCGAUGACCUCAUCAGCGAGGCGCCCAAGCCGGCGCUGGACCAGAGCGGGGAGUGGAAGGAGACGUCCGGGGAGAUCCAGUGGGUGGCGGCCGAGACCAAGGAGGGGGCGGAGCCGCAGGAGCCUGAGAAGAAGGAGGAGGAAGAGGAGGAGCUGGACCUGAACAAAGCUCUGCAGCACGCUGGCAAGCACAUGGAGGACAGCAUCGCAGCCUCCUACACCGCCCUGCUGUUGGGGUGCCUUUGCCAGGGGAGCCAGACGAAUGCAACUACUGUGAGGGAACAUCUACCCAAAGGCGACUUUUCCAUCAUGACGGAAAUGCUGAAGAAGUUCUUGAACUUCAUGAACCUCACUUGCUCCGUGGGUACCACAGGACAGAAGUCCAUCACGCGGGUUAUCGAGUACCUCGAGCGAUGUUAACACACCUCGCUGUCUCUCUCUCGCUCUCGCUCUCUCUCUCUGGCGCUCUCUCUCUGGCGCUCUCUCUCGCUCUCUCUCUCUCUCUCUCUGGCUAUCUCUCUCUCUGGCUCUCUCUCUCUCUGGCUCUCUCACUCUCUCUGCCUCGCUCUCCUUCUCUGCCUCUCUGGGCCCACACACACACACACACACUCUGCACCUACACACCCCAACUGCACAGCGAGGCGGGGGAGAAGGGUGGCGGCGAAAUAUCCGCCGUGAAUGGAGCGACAGGGCGUGUCGUCUGGACCCUGUCCCAAAAUGCCCCUCUAACUGCAGAUCACGGCCAAUUGUGAUCGGCACCCCGGUAGCAUGGUGAGGGAAGAGCCUUGCACCAAAGCCAUGGGGUCCCAGCGACGGCGCGGCCAAACCCAUCCAGCCCUCUUGACUUGCUCUGCGUACCGUUACAUCUAGGUUGGCCGAAGUGCGACGCCUGGUCUAGCCAGAUCUAGGAGUCUGGACCGGUCCCGCUCGCCCGCCCGGUAGGAUUGCAUCCCUUUAACGAGGAACAGUACUCCAGCCGACGGUGGAGUUAAUGGCUGGGGCGGGCGGGGGCGUGUGUGGUCGCUGGGGCAGGGUCGGUGCUUAACAUUGUGCGGUCACAGAGUGUUUGUUCUCAACAGGAAUGCUUGGCCCAAGUGGGAACUUAAGAUUUCAUAUUUCAUAGAUCAUUGCAUUUGAAUAUGGUCCCCCAGCCGCGAGCGAGGAUGGGAACCGGCGACUGGAAAGCACGGCUUGCGUUCAUGGAUUUUUAGAGUGUUCCAUACGUGUCCAUGAUACCUUAUUUUUAUGUUUUUCGGACACGAUCAGUUUUAAAGUGAGACUCACUGUGUUUAGGAUAAGUUCAUGCCUUUAUCAACGUGCAUGUUUUAUUACUAGCUUGAAGGGGGAUAAAAAAACGAUAAGAUAAGCUUUUAUGAUUUUCUUCUGAUUGUUGCCAUUUGUUUUUUUUUACUAUACAGAUGCAAAACAAACUGAGAUUUUGUUUUCUGAUAACGGCAUGGAUCUUCUUUUGAUUUUAUUUAAACAUUUUCACAAGUUAGUUUUGAUAAAAUUAGUCUUAGGGUUGGGCUUCUAACGUUUGUGUCCUUGGCUGAGCGUGGCACCAAAAUCAAAUAUUACGAAUAUUGAAUGUCAUACUACUACUUUGCCAGUAUCAGUCAGAGUUUUCUACAUAUUUAAUUUGGAAUCCAUUAGGUAUCGUAUAAUUAGGGAUUUAAACUUGUUUGUCUUAGAAUACUCAGUAUUGAGCCUUGUUUUAAAAUGUGUGUUUUUGAGUUUGAAGGGGUCCAUUUUACCAUGUUUUUAUUUCCUCUCUGUUGGAGUGCCCUUGGACAUGCCACAUAUACCACAUAUGCUACAGCUCCAUUGAUGGACAUAGGUUUUGAACUGCUGUGUGUAGGACUCAAGCGAAAACUACUGUCAACUAAUUUUAGCAGGAUAAUGUUUUAUGUUCAUUUCUUGUUCACUUGUGUUGUGGAUUGCAUCUCAUAGUCUAGGGAUGUCCUUUAUACCAUUCACUGACGGGUUCGACCCGUGGAGGAUGAAGAGGCACGAUCCACCCAUAAUGCAUUGGGUUCAUUGAAAACACGUCAAUUGGUUUAAAGCACCAAACUCAAGUACUCUUGGUAAACCAAUAACUGAACAAAGGACAGCCAUAACUUUUAAUAAGUAGAUUACCUACGUUGUAUCUGUUUUUUAAUUCAAUGAAUAUAAUUGCGGUUUAAUGUAAAUGAGUUACUUGGCUAAAUUUGGUCUGAAAUGGGAUAAUGGAAUGUAAAUAGUCCUGUACAUAGUGGUAAGCAGAUGUUUAAAAUGCUUGGACUACUUUUUUUCUUGAAGCUAAUAUUUUUAUUUUAUACAAUAUUUCCCAGUUCAUGAUUUGACGAAAACAAAAGUUUUUCAGAACUGCAGGAGGAAACCAGUUUGUACCUCUUUCAGUGGCGUUGUCUUUGGUUACGUUGUAAAUAGCUGUUUAAAGAAUUGCUACUUUUAAAUACACUCCCCAUGUGUCCCUGUUUCUUCCUUGUUCAUGCCGGAAUGCUAUUGGUCUUCAGGGUUCCCUGCUUGUAGGCUUAAAUUCUCUGAUUUGUAACACUGGUUCAAACUACUUUUCCAAAUGAUGAUGAUGUUUUUAUUUUUUUGUCUUACUAGUGGGUUUGUGGGACUAUUGAAAUAUUGAGCUUUUGCCUCACUGCACACACAAGGUGGCUCAGCAUGUGGGGGAGCAGUUCUGUAGAGUAGGUAAAUGCAGUCUCUUUAUUAUGUGCGUCAUUGUCCCAGACAGACAUGACCACGGGGUGGAGAGGCGGACCUCCUCGGGUCUGCUUUGAUUGACGGCUGCGUAAUGAAAACAAAAGGUUCAGUGCAGAUCACCGCAUUCCUCAAAACCAAUCAAGUGGUUGUGUGGACUGGGGGUGAUGAGUUGGGGACACUUCGCGGACUAGUGUUUGGUCUCAGCUGAGAUUGAAUAAGCGCAAGGUCAAAUAUACCAAAAAACAGGCACGCCGCACUUAAAAAUAAAUAAAUAAAAUAAUCAACCUUAAAGCUUGCUACUCGUGUAAACAGGAUAGCUGUCAAGUGUGUUUAUUCCCUCGGCCAAUGUGGUGACAAAAGAUAAGGCGGGAGAAUCAAAGGGGAGAAUAUUGCCACGUGUAGCCUACUUGUUGGUUGGGAAUUCGCAGCUUUCAUCUCUUCCAAUGUAUUAAUCGCACCCAAAGCUCUUGAGCUAAUUUGCUUCAAAAUAAAUUAAAUAUCCCUGCAUCAUGAGUUCUGAUGGCGCUGAGCAUCAGGGGAUUUCUCUGAUCCAUCCCGGAGUGGGGGAGGGCUUCCCAUUGGCUAAGGAUUGAAUGGUUAGGCAAGGAAGGAGGGGGUGGUCGUUUGUUCCAUCCCCCAUUUGUCAGGCCAUAAAAAAAUUCUUGUCUAGUUGAAACCCCAGCGGGAAGAGACAAGAUACCUUGUCUUUUGGUGAUGUUGCUAUGGCCAAAUCCUCACUUUCGUUCCCGACUUUGUAAUUCGUUUCUUUCCAGACGUUGCACCACGCCUCCACUAGGUGGCGUAAGCACGCAGGCCCAGUUCAGCUGGCGUGAUCGGAAAGGGUCGACCCGACCGCUAGUUAGGCCUGCGUGCUGCGGUAGCUUUGCAGACAGACAUCCCUGUUUAUAAAAUUGGCAUGCACUUUUAUCUAAAGCUCAUUUUAAAAGUAUGUUUGAACCAUCAAAUGAUAUGAUAAAUAGUUGAUCUCCAAAAUCACAUGGGACGAGUGUAGGCUAGUAUAGUUGUGGGGAUGAAGAAUAAUUGAAGUGCUUUUUUAUUCAAGGCACGCCACUGAUAAAAUGGAAGAAUAACUGCCCUUUAUUUUUUUGGAAUUCAAAAUAAGGUUAUUACACAUUGGCCAAGCCAUAAACUAGCUACGCCAUUCAUAAACUGGACUGCUCAGUUCCAAAGGCCCUUGAAUGUUUUCCCUCAUCCAAGAUGCCCUCAAGGAUGCCCUAGAUGACAGUGUUACGGGUAAUGUUAUGGCGGCCAAAAAACCGGCCCCCAAUGUUUACAAUGCCAGGUCAAAUAUUUAAUUAAGCCCCAUCAUCCAUAACUGAUCAUGAAUUGAACCCAUUUCCUCCUUGCCAAUACCCUCGUACUAGAUACUGGUCUAUGCAGAGAGACGAUCUGGUAUGUUUAACUCUCUGGACUUCAUAGACCAAGAACUUUGGGUUCAUUGUGAUUGAUAUUUGAUUCAACUUUUCCUCAUUGGGCACAUGAGUCCUUGAUCCAACAUCAUCAGUCAUUGAUGCUUAUUUUAUCCAUAGGGGAAGUGUAUGUGUGUAAGCAUUCUAUAUCACAGCCACAUGGAGUACAAGGUCCACGGCUACAGAUGUCCAGUCUCCCUGCUUUCUCAAUUGGCCUCGAUUAGAAGUAGCACAUUAAUGCCGGGGGGGUGGAAAUAUCUGCCAUUUUCAGGGAUCUGUUUGUGCCAAUGCGUUGAGUUAGGGGUUAAACAGGGAAGUGACCUCCAGCCUGUCGCUGGCACAUGUUCAGAGAGAUGCAGAUCAAUGCGGCCUAUGGGAAUAUGUUCCUCACAGACACUGCUGGGAUCCUUUGGCCCGCUAUCGAUUUGUGAAUGCCCGGGUUGUUUUUCUUUAUUUUUCAUUGACACAAAUUAUUUAUCUGAACUCUGUUGGCCUUUUGAGGAAAUAUAAAAUCUAAAACAGCCAAGACGGUGUAGAAAACGAACGUCGUUUUAUUCACGCACGCACACACAUACACACAGUAACCGCAUGAGCAGAUGCAGCUGCCCAACACAAAACACACACAGAAAAAUCUGUACAUGCUCAACAAUUGUUUUGGCAACAUCCACAUACAACCCCCUGUGAACACACACAUACACAAGCAGACACACACACACACACACACACACAC